GCCCAGCCCUGUGUUCCCAGGUCCUCACACUCAGUGAUUACCACUGACCACAGACAAUUGGCCAUGGACUUAUGGCUCAGCUGGGUUUUCCUUGUCUUUAUUUUAAAAGGUGUCCAGUGUGACGUGCAUCUGGUGGAGUCUGGGGGAGGCUUGGUGCAGCCUGGAAAGUCUCUGAAACUCUCCUGUGCAGCCUCUGGAUUCACCUUCAGUGACUAUGUCAUGCGCUGGGUCCGCCAGGCUCCAGGGAAGGGGCUGGAGUGGGUCACAUCAAUUAGUGAAAGUGGUAGUAAGGUUUACUAUGCCGACGCCGUGAAGGGCAGAUUCACCAUCUCCAGAGACAAUGCCAAGAACACCCUGUACCUGCAAAUGAACAGUCUGAGGUCUGAGGACACGGCCACAUAUUACUGUGCAAGACACACAGUGAGUGAAUGUUGCUGGGAGCUCAGACACAAACCUCCCUGCAGGGCGCUCGUGACCAGCAGGGGGCGCCGAGAGCACACAGAGCUCUGGAUUACAGAGACAAAUUCAAAUGAGGACUGGGCUCAUCUGUGUUUGGCCUGCCUGUCCUCAGGGCUUCUCUCUACAACCUCUGGAUUCACCUUUACACAUUACUCCAUGAUCUGGGUCUCCCAGGCUCUAGGAAAGGGGCUGGAGUCAGUUCCAACCAUUAGUAAUGGUGGUAGCACCUAUUAUGCCGACACCGUGAAGGGCCAAUUCACCAUCUCCAGAGACAACGCCAAGAACACCCUGUACCUGCAAAUGAACAGUCUGAGGUCUGAGGACACGGCCACAUAUUACAGUGAGUGA